AUGGCCUCGCAAACUCCUCUCCGGCCACUUCUUGGCACCGCCAGGACGUUCGUCCGCCGCUCCGUCCGCCCGUCGCAGUCGCCCGCCCAAGCCGUCGUCUCUAUGGCCGCAGCAUCGCCGUCCACCACCGACAUCGCUUCCGCCCGCCACUAUGCCACCCCCGCCCAGAUCCAUGAUACCAAGCCCGCACCGGACCCGGUCGAUGUGCCCCGAUGGAAACAGACGCCCCGCGCAAUGACGGCGCCCAUCAGGCUACGGCCCGUCAAGCCGGGCAACGAGUGGACCGUCAAUGAGGACCCGCGAAAGCUCGACGAUGCCUACACACGCAUGUUGGGCAAGAGCGCUGACACCUUCUUGUCUGAGGAGAUCAAGUGGCUGGCGGUGACGCAUAAGAGUUUCGAUCACGGAAGGCGAGGCUUCAACGACCGGCUGGCAUAUCUGGGAAAACGUAUUGUGGAGCUUCAAACAUCGCUGGCGCUGUUGAGCAUGCCUAAAGGCCCUGUCGCCGCGAGUAAGGGCGACGCCUACGGGCGUGAGCCUUUCCGGCACAGUCAGCUGGCCGGGUUUCAGAAUCUUUCCUCGAGAUCAAAGGAGAAUGUUCUGUCCAAGAACAGACUGGCCAACCUGGCUAGAGAAUACGGCUUUGAGGCUGUCAUGCGGUGGAAGCCUAAGAAGGCGGACAACCUUCAAGGCUCUGGUAUAGAUGUUGUUCUCGUACACACUUUGUAUGCCAUUAUCGGUGCGCUGGCCAUGCAGAAGGGCGGCGACGUUGCAACCAGGACGGUUAGGAGCAGGAUACUGGCCCCGCUUGGUGUCUCCAGGGCAUGA